AUGAACGCUGAGCAGAAUGUCGUUGCCAUAAUUGGUGCUGGCUUAGGUACGUAUGCGCGUUAUGUUAUGCUGAUAUUUGGAACGGCGCUUGCCUUGGCACUCAAUCAGAAAUCUAUUCCGUGCCGAAUUUACGAACGAAGAAGCGAGGAUGCAGAUGUCCUCACCAGCGGUGUGGUCAUUACCCCCAAUGGCUGUCGGGUACUCGAUGAACUAGGUAUCCUAGACCGCGUGGCAUCUAAGAGUUACCACUCCGAGUACAAUAUCAUCAAGAAUGAGAGAGAUGAGACUGUUGAAAAAGUUCGAGUGGCAUCGAAAGAAUCAACCGGAUAUCCUUAUCAUCGUUUAUAUCGUCUGACGCUUCUCCGAGCAUUGAAGUCUAUGCUCAACGAGCGCAACAUACCGGUCUUCUAUGACUCUAAAUUUGAGAAGAUCAUCAGUGACACGGCCGACGAAGUCAUCUUUCAAGUCAGUGGCAAGAAAGAGAAGGCGUCUGUUGUCGUCGGGUGUGAUGGAAUUCAUUCUUCCGUAAGACAUUAUCUCACCAACACCGAACCGGAGUACACGGGAGUCCUUUGCGUCUAUGGGCACAUCCCUACUGCCAGCGUCCAAUGGCCGGACGAGGAUUUCAAGAACGGUUGCACAAUUCAAGGCAAGCCAGGUGGACUUUUCAUGAUACCCGAGGUGGCAGAUAUGUCGGAGCUCAUGGUCGGAACGCAAUUUCCAUAUGCUGAGCAGGAUCGGGAGGGAUGGGACUCUUUGAACGCCAAUAAAGGGUUGUUGUGCUCUCUGCUGCGUAAAGACUACCACCAAUGGCACAACACCGCCAUGACUAUUCUUGACCAACUUUCUGAACACUCGCAGGGGUUGUUGUCUUGGCCAUUUUACGCCAUGCCGAGGCUGGCCACUUGGGCGUCCUCUUCUGGUAGAGUCGUCAUGAUCGGUGACGCAGCUCACGUGAUGCCAGCUUCAUCUGGGCAGGGGGUGAACCAAGCACUAGAGGAUGCGCUCUCUUUGGCUAUGGUUCUCUCCAGCACCCGGAUGAAUGCCACCUUGCCUGUUGCGCUGGAAUUUUGGCACUCGUGGCGGCAGAGAAAAAUUGACAAGGUUCUACAAAUGGCCAAAGCAACAAAUUUUAAGAGGAUGCCAGAGGCAGAAAGACUAGAAAUACUCCAGAAUCAAGCAGUCGACAGCAGUAGUCGUGGUCAGAUAUCGCAAGACCCCUUGAGUUGGCUUUUUGAUCUGGACUUGCUGACACUUGACGCAAAACUCAUGGAGUUAGUCAUUUAG